GGAGGCGGGCCUGCCUCCGUCACGCCUUCCAAUUGGCUGCGUUGAGACCUUCCAACAUGGCAGCGCCCGGCUCGACUCUAAAUUGCGAGGACUUCGCUGAGUUUCAGGAAUUGCUCAGGGUAACAAGAACAAUUGAUGACAGAAUAGUCCAUGAAUUAAAUACUACCGUUCCAACAGCUUCUUUCGCAGGAAAAGUUGAUGCUAGGCAAACUUGUGAAGAACUUCAUCAUUCGUUGAAAGAAGCUCAUGAAAGUAGAGAGAGAAUAAUCAAAAGCUGUAUUGCCCAAACUUCUAAUGUAGUAAAACUUCUGCAGGAAGAGAGGAAGAAAUCUCCAGAUGACAUAACACUACUAAAACAACUUAGGAAAGAGCAGACAAAAUUGAAAUUAAUGCAAUCAGAGUUAAAUGUCGAAGAAGUGGUAAAUGACAGAAGCUGGAAGAUAUUUAAUGAACGCUGCAGAACUCAUUAUAAGCCCCCAAAGACACAAUAAUGCAAAUGCGGGGGAAGAAUCCCCUGAAAGUGGUCUUCAGUAAUGCAAAUAAACUGGAAAAGAAACAUGGAACAAAACGCAUGGGACCUCUUGAAAAAUGAUACCCACGGGAUCUAUACAAUGAGUGAUUUUGCUAAUAAAGAUAAACCAACUGUUAAUUUGUACAAGACAUAUGAGAAGAAAAAAACAUUAAAAAAAUGUUCAGAUGGAAUGUGAUGUCACAUACUUGACCUCUUUUGAUAUAGUAGCAAAUGUACUUUAUGUCUAACCACUCUCAUAUACCUGGAGAUUUUUACAUAUAAAACAACGUUGUACUCUACUAAUUGUGUAGGUCCUUUUCAGACUGUGAGAAAUAUUGAGGGUAAACAAAACUUUAUUCCAAUUACCAACAUUGUAUAAUCCUGGAGUAAUUACAUCACAUUGUGAUGGCAUGUUUCAGAGAUGUGAAAGCCCAAGGGUCCCCAACCCCAGGGCUGCAGACCGGGAUGGUCUGCAGACCGUCAGGAAUCAAGCCACGCAAGUGAGCAAAGCGCCAUCUGCACAUGUGCGGAUCCAGGCAGCAUGCAAAACCAUGCCUCAGAAAAACUGCCUUCCUCGAAACCAAUCUCUAGCCACCUUAGAAAUUUUUGUUGAUUUAAGUAAAGCAUACACAUAAAAUUAGUAAGGUUGAAUUUUGGAAUGUUUUGCAUGAAUAUGGACUUCAGGUUUAAUUUCUGAAUGUGAUAACAGUAGUAUAUGAUCAAAGUAAAGUACUGAGACGAAAUACAAUACUUAGCAAAGGGUUCCACAUUGAUAUAUCUAAUAUCCCCUUUGUCGUUUAAAGUAGCACUUAAGGGAUGCCUGUAGAGACAUUAGAUAAUAUACAGUGUGGUUUUGGAUUGAUUAUGUGCCAUUAAAUUGAUGUUCACAGCAUGAGAGUCUCUAUGACUCUCAUAAUUAUAGAAAUCUUUCAGAUCUUCCAAUGGUCACCAUUGUAACUGAGUCCAUCCAACCAGUUCCAAGGAUGGUGGUUUUACCUGUUUGAUAUUAGUUUUGUAUUUUUUAUAUUUAAUUUUAUAUGUCUCCACCUGGUUAUGCCCGUGUAUAAAAAACAUCCUUUUGGUUGUUUGAAGACAGUGUUAGCUAUGAAGAAAUCAUUGGAUCCCUGAUGGUGCAGUGGUUAAAGUGCAGUAUUGCAGGAAAACUCUGCCUUCAGCCAGGAGUUCACUCAGCCUUUCAUCCUUUCGAGAUUGAUAAAAUGAGGACCCAGAAUGUUGGGGGCAAUGUGCAAUAAUGCUUCUACAUUGUAAAUAGCCCAGAUAAUGCUAUAAAGUGCUAUGGAGUGGUAUAUUAAUCUCAAUGCUAUUGCUGUUGCUAGUGCAGAAAUAGCUAGACCAGUCUCCUCCUUCAUUUUUGUUUUCUAAACUAUUCAGUCCAGCUAUAUUUUCACUGUUCAUGUUCCCACAUCUUGUUUGAAUAGCUUUUUUGGCAGGUGCAAUACACUGCUGGCUCAUACCUAAGGGGUUGACCAUUAGGACACCUAGAUCCCUCUCUCAGUCACUAAUUAUUGAUUUAGGUACCACCUAUUUUAUACCUGUGCAUUUGGGUUUUCUUGCCUAAAUGUAUGACCUUAAUUUUUUCACCACUGAAUUGCAUUUUGUUGUUUGUCUGUUUUUCAAGUCUGUCAGGAUCCUUCUGUAUAUUGAGACUAUCUUCUAAAAUGUUCACUAUUUCCCCCAACCUGGUGUUUGGAAAUACGAUGAGUUCCCCCCUGUCCCCUUAUCUAUAACAUUUAUGAAGAUGUUAAAUAGCUUAAGACAGAACCUUGAGGCACUCAUAAGUAAACUAUAUUCCACACAUUUUCAUUAUCCAUUAAUUUAGUCACUUUGUCAAAGAAGCCAAUAAGGUUUGUCUGACAUGAUCUGUUUUUGAUAACCCUUACUGGCUUCUAAUAAUUGCCUUGUUCAUUUCUAGGUGCUCACAAAUGCACUGUUUGAUUAUAUUUUCCAGAAUCUUUCCAGAUAUUAAUGUCAGGCUGAUUGGUCUGUAGUUUUCUGGAUCCACUCCCCCCCCCCCCUUUUGAAGAUGGGAACCACAUCAGCUCUUUUCCAGUCUUCUGCUAUUUCCCCAGGGCGCCAGAGUCUUUGAAAGAUUUGUUUAGGUUUCUGGGAUCACAUCUAGGAUUAUGCUAUUAGUACAUUGCACUAUUAGUAUUACACCAUUAGUACUCAAAAGCAAGAUUAUAAAACCGAAGUAUUUAUGGGGAAUUGAUGGUAUAGAGAGAAUCAAUUGUAAAAUAAAUGUAUGAAGAAAGAUAGGGUCAAUAGGAAGAUUGAAAAAAUUACAACUGAAACAGUUGAUGAAUUGCAAA